GACAAAUCGCACAUGUGGAUAAGCAAACCGAUUGGAUGGAACCAGGGGAAAGGAAUAUUUCUGGUUCGAGAUUUGGACUCUUUCAAUGAACAUUUGGAAAAACGUGAUCAGGAAGCCAAGGCAUCCCCGAGCGGAAUUCCAGCACGUAUUGUACAAAAAUACAUAGAAAAUCCUCUAUUGCUUGAUGGCCGGAAAUUUGACAUACGCUGUUACAUGUUAAUAGCAAAUUCAAUGCCCUACUUGGUUCUUUACCAUCCCGGUUACGUUCGGCUUUCUAUGCAUCAGUAUUCAAGUGGUGAUCCGAAUUUACUGACCCACUUAACCAACCAAUACAUUCAAAAGAAGGACCCGAACUACGUUGAGGUAAAAAAUGAUACAGUAUGGACGAUCGAUCGAUUGAACGAUUAUGUGAACAAACACUAUAAAGAGGAGAAAAAAUUACCCGAAAAUUGGGUACAGUCUGUUUUGCAGUGGCGCAUCCAAAGAAUUAUCUAUCAGGUGUUCUUGGCAGUGAAGAAUCGUCUGGCAACAAGAAUUGGAUUAUUUCAACUAUUCGGGUUGGAUUUCAUGCUUGAUCAGGAAAUGAGGCCAUGGUUACUGGAAGUGAAUUCCAAUCCAGCAAUGGCCACCAAUUGUGAUGUGCUAAAGGACGUGUUGCCUGACUUGAUACAAAAGACUAUUCAUAUCACUUUGGAAUGCUUUGAGAAAGCGAAACACGAAAAGCCUCUACUUCCGCUAACGGGUAAUUUACACCCGAACUCGGGGACACAAACUACACACUCUUCGAGUCCAGACCGCGGUAAAUUGGACGAGUCAAAACAAUCCAUUUCAGCGGGGAAUAUAUUGCGCACUUGGAUUGUUCCGCGUUAUAAGCCACCUAUAUUGCCAGUGAACGCGGCUACUGAUCAGCGGUCGAACGCUGCUCUAUCCACGCGGCUUCAGAAUAUUCCCAAUGAUACUCUGAAGAACACUGUUGAUAGUGCCACCGGUCAAGGUCCCCCGAAAACUAUUCCACUCCAAGCAUUUGGAAUUACUGUGCAUUCUCAGCACUGCCAAAAUGCACGUGUGUCGGGUCAAGAAACAAUCAAUCAAAGCUUUGUUCAGAAAAGUGCAUUGUCCGAUAAAAGACCUUUUGAACAAAGUCUCAGAAGAUAUGCUCCAAUGAAUACACAACUGGCAAACAAUAAAACAAUUAGCACAUCAAUUAAUACAAAGAGGUUGACAGGUGAGGUAGUACCUCUGACCAGAACUGUUCCCUCCUGUCAGCCAUCAUCUUCGCUGAUCUUCAUUUCUCCACCACAGGUGAGAAAAGGACUCCUACUUCGGCCACAGGCCUUUGAUCAUGAAAGCAGUGAAGCAAGUUUGGAGUUUGAAAAGCCACAUGAAUCACCCGCCUGUGUUGUUGAAGCGGAGAAGUUGCUCACACUCAUCAUAGAUAGCGAGGAGGAAAAUUACCAAGAGAUGAGAAACUCAGUCCCCGUCUCUCAUCAAGAAGGCUUACAGACUCGUACGAAAGGCAGUCUUUUGAACAGAGCACGAGAACCGGUCCCAAUGGCCUGCAUUCAAUUGGUUGCCAAAAGUAACUAUCGAUCUGUUCGUCCGCGUUUUACGCCAAACGCAGCCAACGGUUCACCUAAUUCCAGCAGAGAAUCUCGUCUGCUGGUAAACCCAUUUAACGGGAAAAUCAUCCCAAAAAAUGAGCGCAACUUUUUACCAGAUAUUCCAAAUCAUAAGAGUAAUCAGAAACUUCCAAAAAGUGCCCGACGUGCGCAUUCACCAGAGGACAGGGGAAGCUAA